AUGGCUUUAGAUCUCAGAACGUUCUUUCAAAGUGAACCAUCCAGGAAUGAUUCUGGUUUAGAAAAUCGAGAGUUUGAACCCACCCAAGGACCUGGUGUCCAGAAGGCAGAGGGGAUCUCUGGGCUCCAGGGCACUCCACUCAGUGUAUUUCAGUAUAGAAAUAAUUCAUAUGCAAGGCGGGAACUGCAAAGGCUCCAGAAGUUAUUUCACUUGUGGCUACAGCCAGAGAAACACAGCAAGGAGGAAAUGAUUUCCCAAUUGGUCCUGGAGCAGUUUAUGAUGAAUGAACAGUGCAGAAAUAGGUCUGCUUUGAAAGAGAAAUGGGAUUCAAGUGGCAGAAACCUGCAGAAGUUCCUGGAGGACCUGACUGAUGAUUUCAUGGAGCCACCUGCUUAUGUCCACGUCUGCAUGCAGGGACAGGAAGCCCUCUGUUCUGAGAAUAUGUCCUUAAGAGAUGUCAUUGCUCACCUCACAAAGCAGUUGUCAGCAGAGACUCCAACAGGAGAGAUCAUGGGGACCGUCUUCCAGACUCCCCAAGACCCUCCUGUGCAAACAGGACGAGAAGGAGAAGAUAAAGACGACAACAGGAAACUUUCUUUGAAAACUAUCCAAGUAAAUGACAGUAUCACUAGCCAAGGCAAUGGAGAACCUUUUCUACGGAUUAUCCAGGGAGAGAAUUGUCCCAAAACUGAAGAGGGAGGUGCUUGUUGGGACAACCCAGAAAGCUCCAGAAGAGCAGGGCUAGGCACUUCUGGAUCCCAGGAAGGGGCCUUGGGAGGACCCUCUCAUCAAGAUGUCCCUAUGGAGAUGGAACCAGGAUUUAUCUCCAGGCCAGAUGUGGCCACCCCUGAGCCUGCCCCUGCCCACCAGAGCAAUGAAGGAAAAUUUCCAGGUGGGGGACACCAAGAAAGAUUUUACAAAACCCCAAAACCAUACAGAUGUGGGGACUGUCCCAAAAUCUUUAACUACUUCUCUCAGUUAGAAGCCCACCAGAGAAGACACAGGAACGAGAGGCCGUUUGUUUGUGCUGAGUGCCACAAAGGCUUCUUCCAGACUUCAGACCUGCGCGUGCACCAGAUGAUUCACAGGAGGGAGAAACCCUUCCACUGCAGCAUGUGUGACAAGUCCUUCAGUCACAGAACCAACCUGCGGGCUCACGAGAGAAUCCACACGGGAGAGAAGCCCUAUGUGUGUUCCAUUUGCAGGAAAAGCUACCGCCAGUCAUCCACGUACCACCGCCAUGUGAAGACUCACCAGAAAGUUACCCUCAAAGGCGUUCCCAACACAGCAGAAGGUUCCUAA